UCUGCUAAAUGACUUAAAUGUAAUGUAAUGUAGUUUAUGUGUCGGGGGGCUAGGUUCAGUUUGUUAUAUCUGGAGUACUUCUCCUGUCCUAUUCGGUGUCCUGUGUGAAUUUAAGUGUGCUCUCUCUAAUUCUCUCUUUCUCUCUUUCUUUCUCUCUCUCGGAGGACCUGAGCCCUAGGACCAUGCCUCAGGACUACCUGACAUGAUGACUCCUUGCUGUCCCCAGUUCACCUGGCCGUGCCGCUGCUCCAGUUUCAACUGUUCUGUCUUAUUAUUAUUGGACCAUGCUGGUCAUUUAUGAACAUUUGAACAUCUUGGCCAUGUUCUGUUAUAAUCUCCACCCGGCACAGCCAGAAGAGGACUGGCCACCCCACAUAGCCUGGUUCCUCUCUAGGUUUCUUCCUAGGUUUUGGCCUUUCUAGGGAGUUUUUCCUAGCCAACGUGCUUCUACACCUGCAUUGCUUGCUGUUUGGGGUUUUAGGCUGGGUUUCUGUACAGCACUUUGAGAUAUCAGCUGAUGUACGAAGGGCUAUAUAAAUAAAUAUUUGACUGCUUGGCCAGGCACGACUCCAACACCAUCAUUAAGUUUGCAGAUGACACAACAGUGGUAGGCUUGAUCACUGACAAUGCUGAGACAGCCUAUAGGGAGGAGGUUAGAGACCUGGAGGUGUGGUGCCAGGAUAUCAACCUCUCCCUCAGCGUAAUCAAGACAAAGGAGAUGAUUGUUAACUACAGUAAAAGGAGGACCGAGCACACACCCAUUCUCAUGCAUGGGGCUGUAGAUGAGCAGGUUGAGAGCUUCAAGUUCCUUGGUGUCCACAUCACCAACCAGCUAGAUUGGUCCAAACACCAAGACAGUCGUGAAGAGGGCACGACAAAGCCUAUUGCCCCUCGGGAAACUAAAAAGAUUUGACAUGGGUCCUCAGAUCCUCAAAAGGUUCUACAGCUGCAACCUUCGAGAUUAUCCCGACUGGUUGCAUCACUGCCUGGUAUGGCAACUGCUCGGCCUUUGAUCACAAGAUACUACAGAGGGUAGUGCUUAGGCACAGUACAUCACUGCGACUAAGCUGCCUGCCAUACAGGACCUCUAUACCAGGCGAUGUCAGAGGAAGGCCUAAAAAUUGUCAAAGACUCCAGCCACCCCAAUCAUAGACUGUUCUCUCUACUACCACACAGCAAGCAGGAGCGCAAAGUCUCGGACCAAAAUACUUCUUAACAGCUUCUACUAUGCAUUGUGGACUAUGCAAUGCCAAGUGUGUGCAAAGCUGUCAUCAAGGCAACAUUGAAGAAUCACAAAUAUAAAAUAUAUUUUGAUUUGUUUAACACUUUUUUGGUAAAUACAUAAUUUCAUGUGUGUUAUUUCAUAGUGUUGAUGUCUUCAUUGUUAUUCUACAAUGUAGAAAAUAGUCAAAAUAAAGAAAUGCCAAGAGUGUGCAAUGCUAUCAUCAAGGCAAAGGGUAGCUACUUUGAAGAAUCUCAAAUAUAAAAUAUAUUUUGUUUUGUUUAACACUUUUUUGGUUACUUUGCUAUUAUUCUACAAUGUAAACCUUGAACAAAUAGGUGUGUCCAAACUUUUGACUUGUACUGUAUGUUGCAUGUUAUGUCUUGAAUCUUGAUCUCAGUUGUUCCUUCCUGUCAUGACAAGCACCUUGAAGAAAUCGAAUGCUCGGGCAGGGCUUCUACUUCUCUGACCGUUAUUGUGUUGAAUGACACUGUGUAUCAAUCCAUACUGUGUUAGCUGCAAAGACGGUGGUGUGCUCCAUACUACAUUGUAACAGUUUAUACAUUCACACUGGGACUGGUUUACACCUGGGAAACCAGUUGUGUGCAAUUCAUUAUCAAGUAGAACAGAAAAACUGCAGUUCUCCAGACCUCGUAGGGUGGUUCUGGUCACUGGCUCCACCCGUGGCCUGGGGUUAGCCAUAGUGCAGGCAUUGUGCCAGGGCUUUAAAGGGGAUGUGUAUCUGAGUGCCCGGGACGUCCCGAGGGGGGCCAUGGUUGUCGAGGAUCUGCAGAGGGAGGGACUCAAGCCCAGACUCCUCCAGCUGGACAUCACAGACCCGGUCAGCAUCCAGGCGGCCCGGCAGCAUUUCAUGAAGGAGUACGGGGGUCUGGAUGUGCUGAUCAACAACGCAGGCAUCGCCCCAAAACGAGGUGACCCUGCAUCCUUUGGCAGCCAAGCAGAACGCAUUCUCCAAACCAACUUCUUCGCCACCAGAGACAUGUGCAAUGAAUUUCUCCCUCUCCUGAAGAAAGAUGGGAGGAUAGUAAAUGUUGCCAGCAUCGUGGGAUAUAUCACCCUCUAUAUGUGUUCUCCGGACCUCCAGGCCAGGCUCUGCAGUGAUGACAUCACAGAGGAGGAGCUAGUGGCUCUAAUGAAGCGCUUUGUUGCCGAGGCCAAAGCUGGAGACCACAUCAACAAGGGCUGGCCAAAUUCAGUCUAUGGGGUGUCCAAAAUAGGCCUGAUGGCCCUUACCCGGAUCCAGGCCCGCAGGCUAAGAAGAGAGAUGCCCCAGAGAGGGAUUCUGAUAAACUCCUGCUGCCCGGGCUGGGUGAAGUCUGACAUGACCUAUCCCAAUGGGACCAAGACGCCUGCGGAGGGGGCUGACACACCUGUGUACCUGGCGCUGUUGCCUCCAGCAACACUGGAGCCCCAGGGGGAGUUUGUAGUGGAUAGACAGGUACAGGUAUGGGCGGGGUCACCAACAGGUGCAACAAUUGAUGAGGGACCCUGACUUAAGACCCUUUCAUCUGCUGCUAUAAUAUAUACAAGUAACUGCCAAAAUAAAGGAAACAGCAACAUAAAGUCUCUUACAUUUACAUUUAAGUCAUUUAGCAUAGGGUGAGUCAGAACAGCUUCAAUGCACCUUGGCAUAGAUUCUACAAGUGUCUGGAACUAUAUCGGAGGUCUGCGACACCGUUCUUCCUCAAGAAAUUCCAUUAUUUUGUGCUUUGUUGAAGGUGGUGGAAAACGCUCUCAGGCGCCACUCCAGAAUCUCCCAUAAGUGUUCAGUUGGGUUGAGAUCAGGUGACUGAGAUGGCAAAUGGUUUACAUCGUUUUCAUACUCAUCAAACCAUUAAGUGACCACUCCUGCCCUGUGGAGCGCAAGUCCACCCAAUCAGAUUGAGCAAAAAAUUAUUAUAAUAUAAUCCAAAUGGGACAUUAUUUUUAUUUUUACCGAAGAACAGUACUUGACCUGUGCAGGAGUUCACCGGAAAUGAGUACCCGGCACCUCAAAUGUUCUUCUGCUUGAGUUCCUUCACCUCCUAUAGAAUAUUAGCACAAAAGUAUUUGAGUUCACUUAAAUAUAAAUAGUACCGGCACCCAAAAUGACUACCGGCACAUAUUUCAGUCCAAGUCUAGCACUGGUCUAAACAUGCAUACACCAUCAGAUAGAAUUCAUAGCAAGCAGUAGGGAGGGGGUGGGACAUCGAAAGGGAUAUUUAUAUUAAUAAUAAUAUAUUUUAUUUGCCAGAUGCUUUUCAGGACACUCAAUGACAUCUUACAUAAAAUCGAGUGCUGUACUAAAAUCUAUUUUAAUUUAGGCUUAUAUAAUUCAUUUGAAUUAUUAUUGAUUAUUUACUGUUAAACUAAUUUAAAAAAACUAAACAAUCAGCUUAUAAAUUUCUAAAUAAAGGGUGGGUUCUGUUAUCGUCAUUUAACAUUCAAACAGGUUCUGGCUUGUGUCACUUCAUACUGAUACCAUGUGCUGUAAACCGUAGCUAUUGCUGUGUUGGCUAGGCUACACUGUGUAGGCUACUCACUGUUAGCUAGCUAAGACUCACUAGUCAACUUAGCUAGCAAAAACAAGUAAAAUGGCCAAACAAAGCUCAGUGUACAUUUUUUAAAAGAGGCCGUGCAUAGAAGAGGAUGUUGGAGAAUUUGCCAAGUUAUUUGAUAUCAGUGAUUUUGCCAUGAAGGCCGGCCAGUCCCCCUGUAUCAAUCACUGAUUGCAUUGGUCUAAUCAAGGGCCUUAAAGAGAUUUUCAGUACAUUCAGAGACAACGAUCAGCACUUCAACAAUGUUUUCAUUCAACACUUUCAGAAAUCAUGCUCUUAACCACUAGACUAUAUCAGGGCAUCAUGUUCUAGUCUAAUAGGGCUAUGGUUUAUUAUGUGCCAUCAACAGAUUUCUGCCUACGCCACUGGAUGGAGGCAUUGUCAUCCUAUAGCCAAAAUAAUGGCCUGGACAGCAUUUUAUACAUGACCCUAAGCAUGAUAGAAUGAUAGAAUGUUCAGUGCGUUCAAUAUACUUUGUAGGCCUACCCUCAUCAACUCGUGUUUCCAUUAUUUUGGCAGUUAUAUAUAUAUAUAUAUGUGUGUGUAUGUGUGUGUGUGUGUGAAUUAACCAUAAGGUAUUGGUGUAUAAUAACCAUUUAAUAACCACAUCAGUAAAGAGCAAUUAAAAAAACAUUGUAAUUUGUCUUUUAUUUGCAGUUUAUCUACUGCACUGUGAAGUGUUUGCAGAGCCAGAGGAUAUGGUUGAUGUCCACUGAAUAGUUAAACACCUCACUUCAUUGUCUCAAAAAUGACUGUAAAAAUGUAAUGAAAACGAGCCAGGGGAUAGGUUGAUGUGCACGGAAUAGUUAAACACGUUACUUAAUUGUCUCUGUAAACGUGUAAUGAAAACGAUUGGUUGAUAAAAAGUAAACAUAUUAAACAUGCAGCUUGUAUGCA